CUCGGCCCCUCGCGGCUGCCGUGACGCGAUGCGUUACAACGCCGCAUCCGCGCCGCAGUCGUGCGUUGACACAGCGGCGCGUCGACAGCGCAGCGCGGCGACCCUCGCGAUUGCAUCAGAAGCGUUCGUUGGCGUGCGGCCGGAGGCAGCGCUCAGAGCGGAGGUGAGCGGUGAGCGGCGGCAAGAGGCACCUGCCACGGACGGUACUCCCUCUCGUGACCUCCUGAGGACCUCGCGGAAGCACCAUGGUUAUGCAUAUUUUGUUAAACCUGAGAUCCCGAAUAAGCAGAUUGAUCUAACUCCUCUGCGCUCAUCCAACGUUCCUAUCAUCUGGGUUCUGGCUGGAACAGUAGCUAUACCAUGGGAGACAGAAAUCCUCUGGGCGGCCGUGUGUGACCACGCGUUUCCGGGCGUUCCAGGCGGGCCCGGCUCCGGCAAAGGCACGCAGUGCGAGCGGAUCGUCAAGAAGUAUGGCUACACGCACCUCUCCACCGGCGACCUGCUGCGCGACGAGGUCAACUCGGGCUCUGCGCGCGGCGCCAACCUCAACGAGACGAUGCAGAAGGGCGAGCUCGUGCCCAUGACGGUAGUGUUGGACCUGCUAAAAGAAGCCAUGUUGGCCAACCUGAGUUCUUCCAAGGGCUUCCUCAUCGACGGCUACCCUCGCGAAGAAGCACAAGGAGUUGCAUUUGAGGAACAGAUCAAUGGCGAGCGCUCUCCGGAGGAGAUUUUCGCGGACGUCGAAAAGGUUCUUGAUGGACUCUCGUCAUAGAAGAUCUUCUCCUUGUAGUCCGGGAAUGACACCGUAGAGUUAUCCAGCACGAUGCGAAGAAACUACAGUAUUAACACAACGAACAACGCCUCUUCUCUUUUCCUGCAACAAACGGCUUCCUCAAUCACGCAUCGUCAGCAAAAUAAAAGUAUUGUUUCACUUUAGAUCAUCAAUAAUUGGUUUAGUGUUGAAGUGACUUUUGUGAUUAAAGUGGACAAUGUGAAACUCAGUCAUACAUCUAAUUUGUGAUAAAAUACGAGAAGUAAUGUCAAAAUCAGGGUACGUUUAAAUUUUGACAGUGAGUAUAUUUUAUUACAAUUCUUGUUGAUUGUUCUGUAUUAUGAAUUUGAUCGUAGGCGUGGAUGAAAUGCCGAGAUACAUGAAAAUUCGUUCCUAAUAUUAAUAGCUCAUCAGAACAGUGAGUGUUCAUUCCAUAGCAUUGUGACUCACUGACGUUCUGUGUUUAUUAGGCAAUAAUAUUAAAUAAGAUUAUAACUUUUAAACAUGUGAAAAAAUACGAGGAAAAUUGAAUUUAUUCAACCAUAUCAUUUGAUAUUACCUCGCAAUUUACUUGCAUGGUAUAAGCUGAGGCUGAAAAUCAGAAUGUAGCAUGGAUAACUAGUACCUGGCAGGUUAUUACUUUUUUUCAGUACAUGUUCCCAGAUUUCUGAAGCAGUAUAAAAUGCGUAGCAAGUAGUGCCUUUCCAUAUAAACUUUGAUCCUUUUCAAAUUUCAGUAUACUUACUUCUAAAAAUACACUUACCAUUAUUUUCAACAGUGCAACAGCCUCCUCGUGGUAUGUCUUCUGCUGAGCAGAAG